UGGCGAAGCUCUUCGCACAUCACAGGUCUCUGGAAUCGCCCUGCAGCUGUUGCUGGAACCUCAGGACCGUGACGUUGCACCCACUCCUAUUACUGCUCUUCCAGCUGCUGGGUUGACCUCCCCCUCCUUUUAUCGGCUGUGUGUCUCCUUCAUCUUUUCUUAGGAAGCGUGACAGCCACCUUUUCAUCUAUGCACGACGCCUCGGCCACGUACCUUGCUCUCUGUCAUGCCUUUCAAGUCUUGCGUAUCAACAUUUAAAAAGGAUUUGGAUUUGCGCAGGUAGAGUCCUUCGAAUACCGCGCUUUAACUCUUUAAUGCUCAAGCCAUUGCAUGAUUGCGUACUGAAGAUUGACAUUGCAGGAAAAAAAACAUCCCCACCACCCUACCGACUAAGCUGGACCAUGGCAGACGAGGACAACGCUCUUAGCGGCAGCUCAAACGAGGUCCCUCCGGAGCCCUGCCGGGGCAGUUGCGAGAGCAGCCGCUGCAGUGUGCUCACCUGGGAGCAAGUGCAGCGCCUGGACCGUAUCCUGAGUGAAACCAUCCCGAUUCACGGCCGGGGCAACUUCCCCACGCUGGAAAUGCAGCCGCGACAGAUCGUGAAGGUGGUGAGGAGCCGCCUGGAGGAGCACGGAAUCGGCGUGCGCGAUGUGCGGCUCAACGGCUCGGCGGCCAGCCACGUCUUGCACCAGGACAGCGGCCUGGGUUACAAGGACUUGGACCUCAUCUUCUGCGCCGAUCUGAAAGGCGAGACGGAGUUCCAGACAGUGAAGGACGUAGUCCUGGACUGCCUCUUGGAUUUCUUGCCGGAUGGGGUUAACAAAGAGAAGAUCACGCCGCUCACCCUGAAGGAAGCCUAUGUACAGAAAAUGGUGAAAGUCUGCAACGAUUCAGACCGAUGGAGUCUCAUCUCAUUAUCCAACAACAGUGGCAAAAAUGUGGAGCUGAAAUUUGUGGACUCUCUGAGGAGGCAGUUUGAGUUCAGCGUAGAUUCUUUUCAGAUCAAGCUAGACUCUCUCCUUCUUUUUUAUGAAUGUUCUGAAAAUCCAAUGGCUGAAACCUUUCACCCAACUAUCAUUGGGGAGAGCGUCUAUGGGGAUUUCCAAGAAGCCUUUGAUCACCUUUGUAACAAGAUAAUUGCAACUAGAAAUCCAGAAGAGAUCAGGGGAGGUGGUCUCCUUAAAUACUGCAACCUCCUAGUCAGAGGCUUCAGGGCUGCCUCUGAGUCUGAGAUUAAGUCCCUCCAGAGAUACAUGUGCUCAAGGUUUUUUAUUGAUUUCUCAGACAUUGGAGAACAGCAGCGCAAGCUGGAGUCCUACUUGCAGAACCACUUUGUGGGACUCGAGGACCGCAAGUAUGACUAUCUCAUGACCCUUCAUGGUGUGGUGAAUGAGAGCACAGUGUGCCUGAUGGGACAUGAGAGACGACAGACUUUAAAUCUUAUCACCAUGCUGGCCAUCCGGGUGCUGGCUGAGCAAAAUAUCAUCCCCAAUGUGGCCAAUGUCACUUGCUACUACCAGCCAGCCCCAUACGUAGCUGAUGCUAACUUCAGCAAUUACUAUAUUGCUCAGGUUCAGCCCAUGUUCCCAUGUCAGCAGCACACUUACUCUACUUGGUUGCCCUGUAACUAACAGUUUUAAUAGACUUGGGGAGCAUCUUUUUCCAGCAAGCAAAUAAAGGGGGAGGGUGGAUCUCCUCUUUUAAAAAUGGGAUGUUUUUAGUGCAACAUGAUUUGCUCUACCUUUUUUGCUUGAGGAAAGUUGCUGGUUCUUCUCUCUAGUGUAACCGAGCCUGUCUUAGAAAAGAACUAAACACUAUUGGAUUCCACCCCAAAGUAUGCAACCUGUUUUGAAGAGCAACUAGAUCCCCUUGAAUAAAUCCAGGAGAAAUGGUUGAUGACAAUAUGGGUUGGCAAUGCUUGCUCCCAUAGCUAUGGCAGAGCGAAAGUUGGGAAGCCUCCUUUAUUUUUUAAGUGGAAUCUGAAAACUGAAAUUAAAAAAGGAGAGGAACCUAAGAAGAUGAAGCAAAACAAAAAGCUAAACAUGCUUUCAGGAAUUAAAAGUUAAAUGCAAAAUAGAGAUAUGUUGGAAUAAGAUGUAUUUUGGAAUUCUUGCCUUGGAACAUGCAUUAAGUGCUGCCAACGGAGGGGUUCCAUAGAAUGUAUAGCUUGCUUGAAUAGAAUGCUUUAAGAGAAACCGCUUGCUCAAAAAGAAAAGGAGAGAUGGAUACUGAAAGAAGGGUGGGGGUGGGAAGGAUUAUGGCAAAUUUCAUUAUUUCCAGCUGUGUGCAUGCUUCACAUUUUUUGAAAAAAAUGUGGAAAAGCAAGAAAACCAGCUGUAGCAAGCUUCAUAUGCUUUAGGACCAAAGAUAAAUUAUCCUAGUAAAAAGGAAGACAUGGUAGAUUAUUAAAUAUAUAUAUUUGUAUACACAAAUAUUAAACAAAAGUGCCUGAUGCCUUCAGAAAAUUUGAAGUGAGAAAAAUAUAGUUUUGUGGUUUAAUCUUGCAUUUUGUUUUUUAUCAGGGACACAAGAAACUAAAAAAAUAAGCUUGUGAAUAAAUGAUGGAGGAUAUUCCUAUUUUUUUCCUUGCAAAUACCUAUAUAAAGGUUGUAUUGUUGGUGUCCUGCAAUCUUUGGUACACAAGUGUAUGUGUAUGUUUAUUGUUUUGUGUGUGUGUGUGUGUAUAACAUGUUAUAUGUAUAUAUUCACACGUUUUAAACAUGGUAGGGAAAUGUAGCAAUGUUAAGGAAUGUUUUAAAUGAACUAUAGUGUGUGUUCCAGUCUGCAACAGGAUAUAAUGAAUCUGAGGGCACUUUGCAGAGAUUCCCACACCAGAAAAAUCUACAUAAACACAUUAGUCCUAAAUAAAAUAGGAAUCCAAUGAUAAAAAAUAAUUAAUUGGGCUACUUGUGAGUUAUAGGAUUUUGUAACUGGACAGAACUUCACUUUCCUCUUAAUUAUUCUGCUUUAAUAUGGUUUUAAUAUUCAGCUUAGAAAUUCCUUGACUGCAUGCCUCUGUGAUGUAGUAAGAUACCAACUGGAAUGUGGCUCAAACAGAUGGCUCCCCUCAUUGUUAAUUAUUGUUUUACUUGAUGAUUUAAAUACUUAUGAUUAAUAUUUCUUUUGAAAAGCAAACAGAAUGCACUGUGCAUUCCAGGACCACUAUAACUUAGUAAAUGUGAAAUGAACCAUACGUGUUGCACAUGUGUGUAUGUGUAUAUGUAUGUGUGUGUAUGUAUAUGUAUAUACACACACACAUAUACAUACACCCUAUCAAACGUGUUGAUUUGAUUGCCACACUAUUUUGCAGCUUAAUAUUGUAUCUUAUUUAAAAGGAAUAGUUUCUGCUUUCUCAAAGAGGCAAGUGAAGUACUGGGAACCAACUUACUGCAAGUUUUUCCAUCCUUCUUGUGUUGAUUGUCAUACAGAAGAGUUCUGACUCUUCUUUUUCUUUUUCCUCCAGCCACUGGUCUUUUAAAAGGAAAUGAAAGUUAACUGUAAAGUUCAAAUGCAGAGUUAAGAGGUCUUUAAGUUCAUUAAUUAAUGAACCUAUCUGUGGAUUUAAGGCUCAGAUGCUUUAAAAAUUGUGUUGGAGUCUGGCCCACCUGUUUUCCCCCCAUUAACGAUCUGACAUUUCCAGUUCUGGAGAAGGGAUGGAGGAAGGCCAUCAACACUUGUAGAAUCAAAUGUUAAUCUAGGUAUAUCCCUGUCAGCGGUAAAGCAAGAUGAAAUAUUUAUAAUGGAAGGAUUAGUAAAUUGCUGACCAGAUAAUCUGUCCUUGGUCCCAGUAAAGCUACUGGCAAUCUAUUUUCCUUUACUAAGUUUUAAAUUAUUAAAGCUUUUCCUAUAUCUACAAUUAUUUUGUAUUAGUUGAAUAGGAUCCCCGUGGGUUUACUCAUGCAUCCUCUCUGUGAAACCCCUCUGUGGGGAAUAAUCUUUUGUUCUGUCUGGAAAGCACUCUCUACUCUCCUUUGCUUUUUCUCCCUCUGAUGCCUGAUAGGUAUGGCCUUUUUUUAAAGAGCUUAUUUUGUUCAGUGCUCAGUUGUAAACAAAUGCUUGUAUUUGCCAACCCAGUCCCAUUUGUGGUGAAUGAAAAGAGAGAUGCAUUUGGUUAAAAUCAGAAUUUCACUUAUUAUCUGACUUAUUUCUAUGAGUAUCCAAAAGAGAAUAAUGAAUGGGUCCAGCCCAACGUAUCUGGCGGAGGGGGGGGGGGGCAAAUCAGUGAAGCCUGCUGCAACUGUACAAGGUCUUCCUGGUGGAAACUGAGCUGAAGGCUGGGGAAAUGGGAUCAGCUGGUAAUGUGGUUUUGUCCUUUCCUUAACGCAGCUAUUUUGCUGCAAAGAAAUGAGUCAUCCACUCUUGCAAGGGCUUGGGGAUCACUGGCAGGA